GCUGGGCAGCCAUCGGGUCCUUUCUUGUCCCAAUCCAGAUCCAUCCUUGGCCCCGGCAGCUUUGGCCACGGCCGGGAAAGUCGCAGCAGCCCAGCCGGGAAUCCUCUGGAGCACUGCAAGUCGGAAGAAGCCCAUGCAAGGCGCUAGCGGGGCCCCCGUCGGAUUCAGGGCCCGGGCCGGUGCUCGAUCCCUGCCCGGUUGGUGGUGGGGCUUCCAAAUGCCUCGCAGCCCUGCCAGCUUAUAGACCGUAGGAGCGGAGAUCGGAGGGCAGGAAAUCCUUCCCUUUCGCCCACCCACCCCGCAACCCCGGGCAUUUUGCAAAAAAACCCCCAAAAAACCAAAAUCCUCCCCGGAGUUUUUUUUCUUUUUCAAUCCGACGCUGCGUUUCCUCUGGCUCUCCCCUCCCUUCACCCCACCCCGCCACAAAAGCUUUAUUUUUUAAUUAUUAUUAUUAUUCUUCAUUUUUGUGUGUGUGGGCAAAAGAGGCGCGGGUGGCGGGCAUGAGCCUGGCCGAGCCUGCAACUUUGCAGCCCAACAACUCCCGGGAAAGUCCCCUCUGGAAAAAGCCGGCGCGAAUCUCGGGGUGCUUCGGAUUUGGGGGGGCCCGCGCACAACGCGCCCGCUUAGAGAAGGCGGCGGAGGAGGGCAGAGGAAAGAACCAGUGACUCCCCCACAUCCCUCCCCGAUGGCUGACUGGUCCAAAGAAAACAAGAAACCCGCGUGGAUGAAGAGACCCCGGACUGUGUGAACGAAUCUUCCCACGCUGCGCUUGCAAACCUUCGCUUUGGACUCCCCCCCUUCUCUCUCUCUUUUUUUGUUCCUUCCGCUCCCCUCUUUCCAAAGGACCCUAGGGGCCCGAUCCUGGGUGGGUUUCCCCCCCACCCCACCGAUGGCAGUUUUAAAUGGCUAGGAGGACUUUCUCCAUUGUACCUUCUUCCCAGGUCGGUCCCGACACGCGUGGCGGGAGUUGUAAGGGCUUCCUGGUGCCGCCUGGCCUCGCGGAGGAAGGCCAUGCUGAGGAUCCCCAAAGCUGGGCCUUCCGCCCCCGGCCGAGGGGCGCCUUCCCUCGUCCCCCCCCAGUCACAAAAGAAAAGCGUGGUCGUCGGCGGCCCCGCGGAGCUGGUGGCGGCGGCCGAUCUCGCCGGCCCUCCGGUGCGGGCUCUCCCCGCAGCCUAUUUCGCUCAGGUGUACCCCCAAACGGCGGUGGUCGCUCCGUUGCCUCGAGGCGGUUGCCUUUAUGCCACCCCCCAUGGACCUGAGAUCAAAGCCAUGCGAUCCGCCUCCACGGGAAAACUGCCGGCCAAGAGAAAACUGGAUCUGGAAGGAACCGCCCAGCAGCGCAUCCCAGAAUUCCGAACACCAAAAGGCAAAGGAACGGCGCUCGCACACAUCCCUAGUCCCAAAACCCCCAAGUCUCCUGGGGAGAAGACUCGCUACGACACAUCCCUUGGCUUGCUGACCAAGAAGUUUAUCCACUUGCUCAGUGAAUCGGAAGACGGGGUCCUGGAUUUGAACCGCGCUGCUGAGGUGCUGGAGGUGCAAAAACGACGUAUCUACGAUAUCACCAACGUCCUGGAAGGGAUUCAGCUCAUCCGCAAGAAAUCCAAGAACAAUAUCCAGUGGAUGGGAACGGGACUCUUUGAAGAUUCUUCGGUGGCCACGAAACAACAUGUCUUGCGGCAAGAACUGGCUGAACUUUCAAAGAACGAGAAAGUUUUGGACAAGCUGAUCCAGGAAUCUUCUCUGCAGUUAAAGCAUCUGACAGAAGAUGAGACCAACCAAAGGUUAGCCUAUGUCACCUAUCAGGAUAUCCGAGCCAUCAGCAAUUUUAACGAGCAGACGGUGAUUGUGGUGAGAGCCCCCCCUGAAACGCGCCUUGAAGUGCCUGAGGUUUGUGAGGAGAAUGUCCAGCUCCACCUAAGGAGUACCAAUGGCCCCAUUGAGGUCUACCUGUGCCCGGAAGAAAUUCUGGAAGAAAGUCCUGCCAAGGAGAGUUGUUUUCCUCUUCCAGCACCCCAGGAGGUUACUAAACCCACAACGGUGAAAGUGGAAUUGGUGAAGACGGAGGUGCCGGACUGCCUGAUGGAGGGGGAGGAUGGUCUCCUGGAACCCCCUCAGCACCUCCUGCAGCAGACAGAGGACCAGCUCCCUUCUACAGCCUACGGCGACCCAGGCCCCUUUGUCAGUUUUUCCCCUCCCCUCGACCAAGAGGAUUAUCUAUGGGGACUGGAGGAGGGCGAGGGUGUAAGUGACUUGUUUGAUGCCUAUGACUUGGCGGAUUUGCUGAAAAAUUGAACCCAGAGCUUCCCGGGGCCCUUCCUACGGUGCUACCAAUAACCUGCCCUGCGCACACACAGGAGACGCAGAUUCCGAAGCUUUCGGCUCGCUCUUAGCGUCUUUUUUUUUUUUUUUUUUUUUUUUUUAGCAUUUUGUCCAAAGGACACAACUCGCAAGCUUGCCUCUUCCACUUCGUUGUCCCUCCAUUUAAAAAAUCCUGGCCCAUUCAAGGCUUUCCCAAAGGAUUUUGAAUGGGUCCCAGUGCAGUAAAGCACCCCAUAUGCUGCUAUGGGGAAGCCUCCCCUUUUUCCCUCCUUUCUAGCGUUUUAUCUUUCUUUCUUUCUUUCUUUUUUUAAGAAGGGCCGAGGGUCAGAUUUUGGACUCGUUUUUCACUCUUUCUUCCAGAAAGAGAAAUUGCACGCACAAUUGCCAACGCCUCGGAGGAACCAGGAAGUCUUAAUUCAGUUGUAUAUUUUCUCAGCGGAACCCCACACGUCUCAACGGGCGGAAGGCCUCCCUCUAGGGCACCGCUCAUCCCCUGAGAAGGACUUGCAAAUCUUUCCUUCGUAAGGGUGCCAACGUGACUUAGCGUGCCAGAGAAGCCCCAAAUUUGUUAUUUUCCUUCUGGACCCCUGAUCCCCAACCCAGGCAUCCCAGAUGUACCGUAUUUUUUGGACUAUAAUGCACUUUUUUGUCUCCCAAAAGGGUAUGAAAAUGUCUGUGCGUCUUAUAAACCAAAUAUUACCAAAGCCCCGCCCACCUGCCGGCCAUUUUUGUGGGGGGGGCCUCUGCACACCCCAUUUUGGGCCUUUUUUCAGCCUUUUUUGGGCCCAUUUUUGAGGCUUUUGACCCAUUUUUUCAGGAAAAAACAAGCUGGAAAAAGCCUCAAAAAUUGUCUGGAAAAAGCCUAGAAAACGGGCCAGAAAAAGCCCAGAAAAUUGGGCAGAAAAAAGCCUUGAAAACGGGCAGAAAAAAAAAGCUGGAAAAGGGCCAAAAAAGGGGCACCCAUGGCCAAAACCCUUUUUUUGUUGUUUUCCUCUUCUAAAUUUAGGUGCAUCUUGUACUCCAAAAAAUACGGUAGUUAGGUAGUUGUCCAAAAGUAAAUCUCCUGGAACAGGAAAUGAUUUGCAGGAUUCCUGGCCAGAAGCAGGAAGUCGAAAGUAGCUGUCUUCUUGAUAUGAGCUUCCCAAUAAAUAUUAUGAUCCAUCUUUCUGGAUGGGGGGGGGGGUAGGCCAGCUUCUCCUGAUGCCAAGGUUGUUCUCCUUCUAAGUGAGCCUGGGUCAACCAAACCUGUCUCCGAGGCUACUCGGCGCAAGGUGAACUUGGGUAGCUUCUUCCAUAGUUUAGUACCCUAGCUGAAUUUUGGAAAAUCUCAGCAUGCCCUGGUUUGAAGCUAACUUCACAUGCCUUGCAAAUGCUUUUAAAUCCAUCUCGGAGGCCAUACAGCAUCCUCCACAUGUUUGAGGUUUUCUCGUCAGCCCAGCUGGUGAGGGAGAGCGGGAGUUUUCCAAGAAGAAAGAAAAAAAAAAGAUUAAGCACAUUGCUUGGUUGCACCUCAAGCGAUGGAUAAAACCAAGAGGGCGUUUGAUUUCUUUUUCUGCUAAAAGCUGAGGUCUAAGAAGGCAGCCACGUUCUUUCCCAAUAUGUAGCUUAAAAGGGACAUUUUUAAAUCCAUGCAAAUACACUUUUCCCCUUCCCCAGAAAAGUUUGGUCUUUUGAGUUGGCUGUGUUCAUUUCCUAAUUGGACCAUUUGUGAUUGCCCAACUUUCAUUCUUGGUUGCGUCCAAGUGUUCAACUCAAAGUCAGGCCAACUGAUCCACUUCUCCAAGAUCUGGAUCUCGGUGGGUCCGAGGUUUUUCAGCGGUCCCUUGACCGUAGCCUUAAUUCUGAAGUGUGUGUUUUUCGGUCAAAAAAAUAAUGGUGACCCAUCAGCUAUUUUAUGUAUUCUAAUAAGUAGAAUAAUGUAGCCUCUGACUCACAAUAUAGGAAGCAGAUCUGAUGUUACAGGGGAACAUUAUACUCAGUGGUGGGAUUCAGAUAAUUUUAACAAACGGUUCUCUGCCCUAAGGACUGGGUGGGUAGGUGUGGCCAUGGUGGGUGGGGCCAGGGGUGGGUGACAGGCAGCACUCGGAAGCAAAAAUGGCCAGCGGGGGUGGGUGGGUGUGCAGUGCCACCCUGGGAGCAAAAAUGGGCCACCGGGGCAGGGCACUGCGCACCCACCCAUACCCAUUGCAUCAUUUUAGUUCUAGUAGGCCUCCCUGCAGCCUCCUGGGACUGAAAACAGGCUGCGGGGGGGGGGCUCCACCCCCCCUGUGCCCCAUUUUGGGCCUAGUAGGCCUCCUGCGAGCGAAAAUGGGGCUUGUGGGGUCUCGGGAGGGGUGGGGCCAACCAGCAAUUUUAACAACUGGUUCAUCCGAACCGGCUGAAUCCCACCACUGAUUAUACUAGCGGUGGAGUUGCACAUUAUUCGCCUGCAAUCUGAACGUUUGCAGACUCUUAUAAAUCCUUUGCUUCUGAGGCUAACACUGGCAUCUCAGCAGUACCUGUUUAUUUUUGCCAGAACAUAGCUUCCUAGUAUCGGUGACAUCGGAUUUGACCGCAACAGAUCACUUUCUAUCAGAUAACCAGAUUUGGUUGUCUACCAGAAUACAUUGAUUAUUCAAGAGCUCAGGCGAUCUGAGUUCCCCUCCUGUAAGGUCACAUACCUGCAGCUCUAAACAAAAUUGCAGUGGGUUUCCUUUUGGGUUUGCUGCUGCUGGGUGGAAGGAGCUUCCUAUUUCAAAAUUAGUUCAUUUCUAUGAAAGGUGAAAUGGCUCCUGACCUGUACUUUAUUUUUCUUUCAAAAAAAAGGAAGAGAUUUUAAAGAUUACGCAUCUCUUCCUUAAGUAGAAUGGUGGCAGGGAGGGGGAGAAAAAUCAACAGGCAGGGAAAUCUUUUCCAGUAAUUGUCUCAUAAUUGUCAUUUCUAGCUGCCUUAGAGUGACACAAGUCCAUCUGUAGUAAAUGCAUCUUUUCUCAGGGAACUAGAAUGUCACUUGGGUUGUUUUCUGAUCCAAAAUUGCUGAGCUUUGGAGAGGACCGUGCUGCCCAGGAGCAUCCGCUCUCAUCAACAGGUAGAGUAGGGGUGUCCAACCGUGACAACUUGAAGAUCUGUGGACUUCAACUCCCAGAAUUCCCCAGCCAGCCAUGCUGGCCUGAGGUAUUCUGGGAGUUGCCACGGUUGGACAUCCUUGGCGUAGAGGGAGACCAGAUGCUAAAUAGACAACAAGAUGACCUGGGAUCCAGGGAUCCUCCUGUGGUUUAAAGUCUGGAGCUUUACUAAUCCUUAAGCCACCAAUCUGGCACGGUUUGGACCCACCCUUGAUUUUUUUUUUUAAAUUUUCUUCACAACUUCUGUGACUGAAUUCCUUGGAACAAAUUCAGCCUAGCUUCAAAGGGGCCUUAACCACAUCAUCGCAUAGAGCUGGCUUACUGCCACGUUGGGACCCUGUAUCUGGGCUGUAUCUGUUCAGGAAGUCAGAAGAUCUUAACCUAACGCAAAGGAUAUUUAGAUUCCAGGAUGAAACAUCAGCCUAGCCUUUUUUUUUUUGACAUGCUUGUUUCUUCUGCAUGCGAAGGGUUAUAGUUGGGCUGCUCAAAAUAUUAAUUCCUUUGCUUGCGGUAGGUGAAAGAUCUUGUCUCAGUCGGAAUUAGCAGUGAAUAACCGGAGGCCUGAAUGUGUGUUUGUGCAGGCACAUGGUGGGUGAACGUGGGGAUGCAAGAGAAAGAAAUUCAAAAGAUUGCAUCAUCUGGAAAGUGAAUAUCAGGUUCUGAAUAGUGUUUUGGGGCACCUGUCUUAUGGGGAGGGGGGAGGAAUCCUCAGCCUAUACGCUUUUCCCUUAGCUGAGCUCUUAAAAUCUGAAUUGCACCCUGUGUUCCAAAUUAGCUUUGCACUUUGCUCGUGCAAAGCGUAGUGAUUUUAUUUUUAUCUUGGUUGCAAGGAAAUGGGUCCACGUUCACGACGUCAGUGACGGUAGUUCACAGAAAGCUUCUCACUGCCUUAUUUUUUAGAGCCCCUGGUGUCGGUUUGCUGGCUACACUCACCCUCAGUUUUCUUGCUCAAGCAGGAAACGAGGGAGCAGAAGGCGCCAAAUCUGGGCGCAUCGUGGCGCAGCUUUGCCCCAGGUGGCUAUAGCAACACUGGCCAGGCUGAAGAUCGCAUUAGAAUUGCACACAUUAUACCUCUUGACACAGAUGCCUUGCACUACCCAAGAGUGAGCCUUAGCACACUUCUUUGUCCAGAUGCUAUUUUCUUCCUCGGUGCACAACUCUGCCGCCCGGUCUACGGCAGCUCGCCAUGGCCGACUUGCUGUGGGACAAGAGUUACAGUAAUAUCGAAGAAAUAGUGGCACAGAAUCAUUAAAGAAAGGAUCAUUAAAGAAGGGACAAAAUGAAAUGCAAAUGGCAAAAAUUAAAAUAUUUAUUAAAUUAAAUUGAAUUUUUUAAGAGUUGUCCUGUGGCGAGUUGGCUAUGUUGUGUUAGGUGUGGUGAGUUGGCCGUGGUGAGUUGUCCCAUUCCGUGCCACCCCUGCUUAAAAAGAGAAGCGGUUGUUUGGAUAGGGGAGCAGUUCAGGGGUGAAAUGCUACUGGUUCACUCCGGUUCGGGUAAAUUGGCAGUGAUAAAAACUACUGGUUCAGGUGAACCGGUAGUAAAGAAGAAGAAGCUACUGGUUCGGUUAAACCGGUAAUUGAAAUGGAUACCGGUUCCUCUGAAUUGGUAUUUCCAACGAUUGGCUGUGCCGCGCAGUUUAGCUUUGCUAUAAAGCAGGAAACUUAGCAAACCUAAAUUGCGCGGCACAGCUGAUCCCCACCCCCACUGUUCUACUUAUCUUCCCAGCCCUCAUUUUGGUGUGCACAGCACACAUUUGGGGCACAUGCAGCAUGCACGGCCAGAGAACCGGUAACAGACCGGUUCGGAUGUCACCACUGGAGCAGUUCCAUUGCUAGGUGCUGGUCCCUGCUACAGUUAUUGACUUAUUGGCUUUGUCUAGCUCAUCUUCGUUAAAUUCUGGGCGCACAUAUAGUGUUAGAAGUGUGUGUGUUGGGGGGGAGGGGGUGGUGGUGCCAAUGUUCCCUUCUUUGAGCAAAGGGCUAUGUGUUUUUUUACUAUUUGAUAAGCUUUUGGAAGACAGCCGUCUUAAUGGAUUUCUUCAUCAGUGAAAUUAUUUGUACGUAGAGCAAUGAAUUUGAAGAACCGUUCACAAUACCGGAAGUUUGCAGAAUGCUGUUUUUUGAGCUAGGCUUAUAGAGUAAUUAGUUCAUCAUGUCGCUGUUUGUUUAGCAGAGGGUUUUUUGGGUGUUUUCUCACACCAGGUUUUAAUAGGGGUUGAGCAUAUGCUUAAUGAAUUGCGGCUCAGCUCCAGUCUUAAUUCUACGCACGGGAGGGAUUUCUUGUGCAAGCCACCUUUUAAAAUUCUUACCAAUACCUUUGGCCCAGCGAACACUUGCUGGGUUUCGUCUUAAAAAUUGUAAAAGUUGUAUAUAAUUGUUGCACUGUAUUUAUAACAGGAACCAUCUUUUGACGCUCGUUGGGCCACGUGUGGGUUUUAUUUGCGUUGUUUGAAAACCAGAGUAUUUAAAAAAAAAAAAGUGUUCUAAGGCUUUUUGUGAUGUUUGGCUUGGCCUUGUGGAUGGAGAUGUGUGUGACUUAAAACAAAAAAAUAACCUUGAGGCACUUGAUGAUGUGUUUUAUUAUUUUUCUUUUGUGAGCAGCAAUGACAAGAAGAAGAAGAAGGAAAUAAAAUGUUUGA